ACGAGCAAGGGACAAAGACGAAAGGGUAAAUCAAAGCAUCGUAAAGGUAAACAUGACGACGAUGAUGAUGAUGAUGAUGAUGACGAUGAUGAUGACGAUCGAUCAAAAAAUAGGAAACAUAAAUCAAAAAAUAAGAGGAAAGAUGACGAUGACGACGACGACGAUGAUGAUGAUGACAAUAAUGAUGAUGAUGACGAUGAUGAUGAUGACGAUGAUGAUGACGACGGCGAUGAUGACUAUUCAGAUGAUGACUUUACCGACGAUGAUGAUGAUGCAGUUUUGUUGAUGAAUCUGGGGAAGAAGAGACAGAGAGUUGACCUUCAUAAAGUGAAAGACACGCCUUGUGAAAUGUACGUGUUCACUUCCACCGGAGGAUACAGACUGAGGCCAGGGACUCGCGUGCCCCUGGGUCGCCUGUGGCUCCCCGGCCGCUCAGCAGUGCUCCUGGUGGGCCGCACGUGGGUGCUUGCCGACCCAAGCGGCGAGGACGAGACCGACGUCGGCGCCCCGCAGCCGGUCGCCGUCGCGCCAGCGGCCAAGCCGGCGCGCUCCUUCGCGGACCAGCACGACGAGGCGAUGAUAGAGGUGCUGAGGGCGCUCGGCGCGGCGGCCGCGCAUCGAACUACCAGCGCUGCGGUCGCGGCCGCCUCAGUUGCCGCUGUUGCCAUCUAUUGGCGGCUCUUCCAAGUCGCGCCCUGAGCGUUCUAUCUCUUCAAGACUGCCCGACUUCCGUAUGGUACCCAACAUAGACGGAAACUUCAUACGUGAAAGACUUUCGUACUGACUACUUUCUGACAGCUAAAUGAGCAGCAGUCCUUACCUAUUUACAGUGGCCUGUAUGGGACCACUAAAGACGCUUAAAUUUAUUGACGAAAGUAGUUUUAGUUUAUAUUCCUGAAAUAUUCGUAUAGAUUGCAUUUAUAAGGCAAUUUCAUAACAAUUAACCUUGUAAGCAGCCAAAUACAGACCUCUGAAGACUCACCAGAAAAAUGGGGUUAAAUAGUUCCAAUCAAAGUUAUUUUGUAUUAACGAGAUUUUUGUAUGUUGUAAUCGUGGAGAAUUCCUUAUAGUUAAAUACUUUCUGCUACAGAAAUACGCAGUAGUUAACGUUCUAGAUACAUCUGCUCUUCUUUUUUUUCUUUUGUAAAGAAGAAGAACGUCACCGUUAUGUGUGUAGUACAAGCGAUUGUGUAAUGCUGUUACGUUAUACUGAGCCGAAUAAAUGUUCGGAUAUUUCGUCCUAUGUAUUUCUGUUAUAUAAGAGUAUAAGAAAUCUGAGUAUUCUGUGAUGCGAAUGAUAUUGAAACCAUAUGUUACCAUUUUGCUGGCUGUGACCUAAAUAAAGUUAAAAAAGUUUUAAAGA